GACAUUUAACCGAAGCCGCCGCCCCCCUUUUCCCCACUCCACUGUUACCCACCUUUUGGGAUUGACCGCGACAGCUGCCGAUGUUUAGCUGAUUUUCGUGAAGCUGGGACAAAGCCGAAGGCAUGCCGCUGGCUCGCAGCCUGUCCGUCACAUCCCUGUCGGGACUCGAGGAUUGGGAUGAGGAGUUUGAUUUGGAGGAUGCAGUUCUUUUUGAAAUAGCUUGGGAGGUUGCUAACAAAGUUGGAGGCAUCUACACCGUCAUCCAGACCAAAGCCCGGAUGACCGCAGAGGAAUGGGGAGAGAACUAUUUCCUCGUGGGUCCCUACGUUGAGAGCAACGUGCGCACGCAAGUGGAGCUGAUCGAACCCACCAACCCGGUGCUGAAGAGCACCAUUGACAAAAUGAACUCCAGUGGGUGUAAGAUCUACUUCGGCCGCUGGCUCAUUGAAGGCAGCCCUUAUGUAGUUCUGAUUGACGUCGGCUUCACCGCCUGGUCUCUGGACCGCUGGAAGAGCGAGCUGUGGGAGCACUGUGGCGUCGGCGUGCCGUGGUUUGACCGCGAGGCCAAUGACGCCGUGCUGUUUGGCUUCUUGACGGCCUGGCUCCUGGGAGAGUAUGCAGCCCAGAGCGAGGAUCCUCCACACAUUGUGGCUCAUUUCCAUGAGUGGCUGGCUGGCCUGGGUCUGGUGUUGUGCCGACAGAGACAGCUGCCCAUCGCAACUGUGUUCACGACUCACGCUACGCUGCUGGGACGCUACCUGUGUGCUGGAAGUGUGGACUUCUACAACAACCUUGCACAGUUCAACGUGGAUAAGGAAGCGGGGGAUCGACAGAUCUACCAUCGUUACUGUUUGGAGCGAGCGGCUGCUCACUGCGCCCACGUUUUCACCACCGUGUCGCAAAUCACAGCGAUCGAGGCGGAGCACCUGCUGAAGAGGAAACCAGACAUCAUCACUCCCAAUGGGCUCAAUGUGAAGAAGUUCUCUGCUAUGCACGAGUUUCAAAACCUCCAUGCUCAGAGCAAGAGUCGCAUUCAGGAGUUCAUCAGGGGACACUUCUAUGGGCACCUCGACUUCAACCUGGACAAGUGUUUGUUCCUCUUUAUAGCUGGAAGGUACGAAUUCUCCAACAAAGGAGCCRACAUCUUUCUGGAGGCUUUAGCCAGACUCAACUAUCUGCUGAGGGUCAACCACAGUGACGUGACCGUUAUAGCUUUCUUCAUCAUGCCAGCUCGGACAAACAACUUCAAUGUGGAGACCUUAAAGGGCCAGGCAGUCAGGAAGCAGCUCUGGGAUACUGCUCAUACUGUGAAGGAGCGCUUUGGAAAGAAACUCUAUGAGUCACUACUAGUCGGGCAGCUGCCAGAUGUGUCAAAGAUGCUGGACAAAGAGGAUUUCACCAUCAUGAAGCGUGCCAUCUUUGCCACUCAGAGGCAGAGCCAGCCUCCGGUCUGCACCCACAACAUGCUGGAGGACAGCAGCGACCCCAUCCUUAACAGUGUCCGCCGCAUCGGCCUUUUCAACAGCUCUGCUGACCGAGUCAAGAUUAUCUUCCAUCCAGAGUUCCUCUCAUCUACCUCCCCUCUGCUUCCCAUGGACUAUGAGGAGUUCGUCAGAGGUUGCCACCUUGGUGUCUUCCCUUCUUACUAUGAGCCUUGGGGCUACACACCAG